AUGGCUCAAGGAACUGAAAGGAACACUUUGCAAACUUACAUGGUCCAUGUGAAGCAGCCGGAAGGCAGACUUCUUACACACUCAGAAGAUCUAGAGAACUGGCACAAAUCUUUUCUGCCACUUAGCACUCCCAGAGCAAACUCAGACUUGAGCCAAGGCAUGUUUUAUUCGUACAAAAAUGUGAUUAAUGGCUUUGCAGCAAGAUUGACAGAGGAGGAACUUCAGAUUCUCAAAAAGAAAAAUGGGUUUGUGUCGGCGCGUCCUGAAAGGAAACUACGUCUGCACACAACACACACUCCCACCUUCUUGGGGCUGAACCCCAAGAUGGGAGUUUGGAAAGAAUCGAAUUUCGGAAAGGGAGUUAUUAUUGGAGUAUUGGAUGGUGGGAUUCUCCCUAGCCAUCCAUCUUUCAGUGAUGAAGGAAUGCCGCCCCCUCCAGCUAAAUGGAAAGGAAGAUGUGAGUUUAACAUGUCUGUCUGUAACAACAAACUUAUUGGUGCAAGAUCAUUCAAUAUCGAAGGUGCGGGCAUGAAGGGCAACGGAGUUGAACCACCUAUUGAUGUAGAUGGGCAUGGAACUCACGUAGCAGGCACUGCUGCUGGAGGAUUUGUGAAGAAUGCUAAUGGGCUAGGAAAUGCCAAUGGCACAGCCGCAGGGAUGUCACCUUAUGCUCACCUAGCAAUUUACAAAGUAUGCUUUGGAGGUUUAACAGACUGCACUGAAAGCGAUAUUCUUGCAGGAAUUGAUGCAGCGAUUGAAGACGGCGUUGAUGUGCUCUCACUCUCUAUUGGUGGAGAAUCAGUACCAUUUUUUAAUGAUUCCAUUGCAGUUGGCUCAUUUGCAGCAAUUCAAAAGGGAAUAUUUGUAAGCUGUGCAGUCGGAAAUUUUGGCCCUUUCAACAGCACGCUUUCUAAUGAAGCUCCAUGGAUUCUUUCAGUCGGAGCAAGCACCAUGGAUAGGAGAAUCGUAGCCACAGCAAAACUUGGGAAUGGAGAAGAACUUGAUGGUGAAUCCCUUUUCCAGCCCAAGGGGUUCUCCACUACGCUAUUGCCUCUAGUAUACGCUGGUUCAAAUGGCAAACUAGAGUCUGCACUAUGUGCAAACAGAUCUCUGAAUGCUGUCGAUGUCAAAGGUAAGGUAGUCUUGUGUGAAAGGGGUGGGGGUAUUGCAAGAGCUGCCAAAGGGGAAGAAGUGAAAAAUGCUGGUGGUGCUGCUAUGAUUCUCAUGAAUGAUGAACCAAGUGCCUUCAGUACAGUAGCUGAUGCCCAUGUUCUGCCUGCAACACACGUUAGCCAUGCUGCUGGGCUUAAGAUCAAAUCCUACAUAAAUUCAACAGCAACACCCAUGGCAACAAUCUUCUUUAAAGGAACAGUCAUAGGAGAUUCCCAAGCUCCUGCUGUUGCUUCCUUCUCCUCAAGAGGUCCCAGCUUGGCUAGCCCUGGUAUUCUGAAACCAGAUAUUGUUGGUCCUGGCGUGAGCGUUCUAGCUGCAUGGCCCUUCCCUCUGGACGACAAUAAAAAUUCAAAAUUGACUUUCAACAUGGAUUCAGGCACAUCAAUGGCAUGUCCUCACCUUAGUGGUAUUGCUGCCUUGCUCAAGAGCUCUCAUCCUGACUGGUCGCCAGCGGCCAUUAAAUCUGCCAUAAUGACUACUGCUGAUAUCCUAAACAUUGAAGGUAAGCCCAUUGCUGAUGAAACACUUGAGCCUGCGGAUAUCUUUGCAAUCGGCGCCGGACAUGUUAAUCCUUCAAGGGCAAAUAACCCAGGAUUAGUCUAUGAUAUUAAACCAGAUGCUUAUAUUCCUUACUUGUGCGGUCUAGGCUACAACGACGAGGAAGUGAGCUAUAUUGUGCACAGAACAGUGAAAUGUUCACAAAUAUCAAGCAUUACUGAGGGACAGCUAAACUACCCUUCAUUUUCUGUUACACUAGGAUCGGCUCAGACAUUCACAAGGAUGGUGACAAAUGUUGGUUGUGCAAAUUCAUGGUAUUUUGCCACGGUUGUUACACCCAAAGGUGUUGAUGUGAGUGUCAAACCCAGUAGACUUUACUUCUCAACUGUAAACCAAAAGGCAACAUACUCAGUGACAUUCAAUCUUACGGGAUCAAGUUACAGAGUUGGUGAAUAUGCUCAUGGAUAUAUAAAAUGGGUUUCUUCUAAGUACAUAGUAAGAAGCCCAAUCUCGGUGAGAUUUGAGUAACAAAACAGAUGCUACUACGCCCAACAAGGUGAAAAACGCUUGUG